CUAUUUUUGGGAAGAGCGGCAGUAACUUGGAUAGGCUACUUUCUGUCCAGAAGACGGUUAUGGAGAUAAUGAAUUCAGCAGGAGGUACUGGAAGUAUGGAUUGAACGGAUUUUCAGACUCAGGAUGUUAUGAUGGCAAGCGCAGAUAGCGAGGUCAAAACUUUAUUAAACUUUGUAAACUUGGCAUCCAGCGAUAUAAAGGCUGCCCUGGACAAGUCAGCCCCGUGCAGGCGCUCUGUGGACCACAGAAAGUAUCUACAGAAACAGCUUAAACGUUUUUCUCAGAAAUACUCAAGGAUGCCGCGGUGCCACUCAUACAGAGCGGCAGAGUCAGGCAUCGCUAAAGCCCUAGAGGACAAGGCUGGCGUGUAUGCUUUUGAGUCGGUGAAUCGGAACCUCCACUUGUCGCGUGUACAUGAAAAGACUGGGUCGGACGUGCGAGGCGAGGAGAGCCUUAAGAACAGUCCGAAUCCCAAACUGGAAAGUGAUUACAACAGACAAGACCAGGUGCCGAUGAGGAAACGGCAGCUCCCCGCGUCUUUCUGGGAAGAACCCCGGUCUUCCAAAAGCAAGCGCGAGUCUUUGCAGGUAACUUGGAGAAAAAGCCAAGGUGGUUCUGGCAUCGGUGGGCCUUCGGGUUCAGAGGAUGAAAAAAUAAAGAAAUGUUCCGGGGAGCCCAAAGCCAGUUCGACUCUUUCCUCUCAGCAGAUUGCUCCAGAGAAGGAACCGCUGAUGCUGGACUUUAGCGGAAAUGUGAAUUUGUGCGGCUGCUGUCCUUUUCAGUACCAUGGACACCACGUCUUCCAAAGCCACGUCGUCCUCCCCCCUUCGGGCUUCACCGAAGCGGGCCUUUGGGGGAAGGCCACCGUGGCCCAUGCAGAGACACAGGACAUCACAAACAUACAGAAAGGUCAUACGCAUGUUGUGGUGAAACCCAUCCCAACAAAACCAGCCAUUCCAUCUCCAAUUUUCAGCGUGUUUGGAUUUAUUUAAAGAUAAACAAAUGCGUGAAAACACUGUAAGAUAUAUUGAGCAAUAAGUACAGUAUAAAUAAUUGUUAGAUUUUUAUUUGAUGUAUGUUUACACAAACUUUCCGAGCAGCCUAUUUAUUUUCUUCCCCCCAUUUACAGUUGAUUUCCG